UUCUGGAUAUUAUACAUGUCCUCGAUACCCACCUCCCACCCACACACUUUAGGAAGUAAACAACGACAGGAUAGGAGGCAACAGCGAUGAGAACACGAAAUUACACUGAAUAAUUAGCCAGAACCUGAUCAUGAGCAAAGGAGCACUGGUCAUAGGCGCGUCCCGUGGGAUCGGCAGGCAGAUCGCUCUAACAUUGUCAAGGAAUAACUACAAAGUGGGCGUGGCUGCAAAGACCGCAAUAUCAUCAGAUACACUACCCGGGUCCAUCCACACAGUGACUGCGGAUAUUGAGGCUGAGGCUGGUAGGGGUACACCCAUUGUUUGUAACGUCCGGUCCGAGGAAGACAUCAAGGGUGCAGUUCAAACAUGUAUGAAAGAGUUUGGACGAUUAGAUGUAGCUGUCUAUAAUGCAGGAGCCAUCUUGUGGGAUAAAGUAAUCAACACUAACACCAAGAGAUUUGAUCUUAUGAAUGAAGUAAAUGCACGGGGAGCUUAUAUAAUGGUACAGGAAGUCCUGCCUCACUUCCUGGAACAGAAAUCCGGUAAAAUUAUACUGGUGUCGCCGCCAAUAUAUAACAGGUUCUUUAAAGGGAAGACAACGUAUGCAAUGUCAAAAGUUGGUAUGACAGUACUUGUCCAUGGGCUGGCUAACGAACUGCGAGGAACUGGAGUCUCCAUUAGUGCCUUGUGGCCAGCUACAGUCAUCAGAAGUCACGUGACUGAUAAGAUUAAUGUACCAUUGAAACUCAUGAGGACGCCUGACAUCUUUGCUGACGCCGUUGUGAAAAUAGUAGAGGAUCCAACAGAAAGGUUGAACGGCCAGGCGUUGAUAGAUGAAGAUUACCUGAGGACGACGGGCCUUUCUGACUUCACCAAAUAUCGCUGUGACAGUGAACAUGAACCUCCUCGUAUGAUGCCUAAAAUAUUCCCGUCCCUUUUUGUUGAGGAGGAGGACCAAAACCUACGUAUACCAAACAAUAAAAGCCAGCUAUGAA